AUGCGGACCUUCAAGACAUUCGCAAUCGGUGCAGCCCUCGCUGCUGUCGCCUCAGCUUCGGAUGUCGAGUCGCUGACCAAGGACACAUUCCCUGAUUUCGUCAAGGAAAAUGACCUAGUGCUUGCAGAAUUCUUCGCACCAUGGUGUGGUCACUGCAAAGCUCUUGCGCCCGAAUAUGAGGAGGCUGCUACGACAUUAAAGGAGAAGAAUAUUAGACUCGCAAAGGUCGACUGCACAGAGGAGGCUGAUCUUUGCCAAAGCUUCGGCGUUGAGGGAUACCCAACAUUGAAGGUCUUCCGUGGCGCAGAUAAUAUUACCCCAUACUCAGGCGCAAGAAAGGCCCCAGGGAUUAUCUCAUACAUGACCAAGCAAUCACUUCCCGCCGUUUCCAUCCUCACAGUAGACACAGUUGAGGAUUUCAAGACUCAAGACAAGGUCGUCUUAGUUGCAUACUUUGCGGCCGAUGACAAGUCAUCUAACGCCACAUACACCGAAGUUGCUGAGAAGCUCCGUGACAGCUACCUCUUCGGUGCUAGCAACGAUGCCGAUCUGGCUAAGGCCGAGGGCGUUGAAUUCCCAUCCCUGGUUCUUUACAAGACUUUCGAUGAGCCCACCACCAUUUUCAAGGAGGCUUUCGGUGCGGAGGCCAUUGAGAAAUUUGCCAAGACUGCCUCCAUCCCUCUGAUCGGCGAGGUUGGUCCUGAGACUUAUGCUGGCUAUAUGGCUACCGGACUUCCAUUGGCAUACAUCUUUGCCGAGACCCCAGAGGACCGAGCUAGCUUCUCCGAGAAGCUCAAGUCAGUUGCUGAGAAGCACCGAGGAGUUGUUAGCUUUGCUACCAUCGAUGCCAAGGCAUUUGGUGCCCACGCCAGCAACUUGAACCUGAAGGCUGAUAAAUUCCCUGCCUUCGCCAUCCAGGAUACCGUGAACAACAAGAAGUUCCCGUUCGACCAGGAAACCGAAAUCACUACUGAGUCCAUUGGCAAAUUCCUUGAUGAAUUUGUCGCUGGCAAGGUCGAGCCAAGCAUUAAGUCCGAGCCAAUCCCAGAGAAACAAGAGGGCCCAGUUCAGAUUGUCGUCGCCAAGAACUACGAUGAUAUUGUCUUAGAUGAUGCUAAGGAUGUCUUAAUCGAAUUCUACGCUCCAUGGUGCGGCCACUGCAAGUCUCUUGCUCCCAAGUAUGACAUCCUCGCUGGCUUGUACGUAGACGCUGGUCUCACGGAUAAGGUCACCAUCGCCAAGGUUGACGCUACCCUCAAUGAUGUUCCCGAUGAGAUUUCAGGCUUCCCCACUAUCAAGCUUUACAAGGCUGGCGACAAGAAGAACCCAGUUCUCUAUAGCGGAAACCGAGGCAUCGAAGACCUCAUCAAGUUCGUUCAGGAGAACGGCAAGCACCAAGCCGAGGUCACCUACGAGGAACCGGCCGCGGAAGCUGAGAAGCCAGUUGUCGAAUCGGUCGCUGAGCAAGCUGAAGCUGCCACCGAAGCUGCGGAGAGUGCCGCUGAGGAGGCCACAGAGGCUGCUAAGAGCAAGGCUUCAGAGGCUGCUACUGAGGAUCAUGAUGAGCUCUAA